AUGGCACAGUAUAUCGCAAAUGUCUGCGAGAGAUAUCAAAUUGUGGACAAGAUUCAGUUGAAUACCGAUGUCAAGGAACUUCGAUGGAUCGAAGAUGACGAGGAGUGGGAGGUUACGCUCUUGCACCUUGUCCCUGGAACCGGCGAUUUAACUCAGCACGAACGGGAUCGAAUCGCUGCCCAGGAUGGCCAUCACAAGGUCUAUGUCAAGGCAGAAAUUGUACGAGCCAAGGUGAUCGUCAGUGGCGUUGGUGGGCUAGUAGAACCUAAGGCAUGGCCGAAUGACAUUCCAGGCAUUAAGAACUUCGAAGGUGAGACCAUGCAUUCAGCCCGCUGGAAUGACCAGAUUGAUUUGGAGGACAAGAAUGUCAUCGUGGUUGGUUCCGGCUGCAGCGCCGCGCAGGUAGUGCCCGAGCUCGCCAAGCCAGAGGCCAACGUUCGAUCCAUUACCCAACUGAUGCGAACCCCUCCCUGGGUCGAGCCUGAUACAAUCCCUCCUGAUUAUAUCCCUUUGUACGAGAAAUGGAUUCCUGGGCUGAUGACCCACGUGCCUGGACUGGCGUCAUCCAUGCGUAAGGCUCUCUUCAUCAAACUGGAAAAAGCAUUCUACGACAUUUUUAUGGACACUGCAUGGAGCCGAAGAGCGCGGCCGCAGCUGGAAAAGGAGUAUUUGGACAACAUGCGUCAAGUCGCGCCGAAGGAAUACCAUGAGAUCUUGACACCAAACUACAGCCUCGGCUGCAAGAGGCGGGUCUUCUGUGGCACUUGGUACCGCAGUCUCAAUGCCCCCAAUGUGGAACUAACUACCCAGCCCCUGACAAGCGUCCAUGCAAAAAGUGUCGUUCUUGGUCCGGGCCGCCAUUAUCCACCCCUCAAGUCUGAAGACGCAGAUGAGAUUAGGGAGAUUCCCGCCGAUGUGAUCAUCAUGGCUAAUGGCUUUGAAACCAACCAAUGGCUGCACCCACUGAAGGUGAUUGGCAGGAAAGGAAAGAAUCUUGAAGAGGUCUGGGCGGAGCGUGGAGGUGCCCAGGCAUAUCAGGGCAUCGCAAUGGAUUCCUUCCCGAACUUCUUUAUUCUUUUCGGCCCGAAUACAGCCACAGGUCAUAACAGUGUGAUUUUUGCGACAGAGAAUGCGGUAAACUACUCGUUAAAAUUCAUCAAGCCAAUCUUGAAUGGUCAAGUCAGCUCGUAUGAAGUGAAGGAGGAUGCUGAGCGUGAAUGGACUCAGCAGGUGCAGGAUGCACUUCGGAAGAGUGUGUUCCAUCGUGGGACUUGCUCCAGCUGGUAUAUCAGUGCCGAUGGUUGGAAUUCAAGUACAUAUCCAUUCACUCAGAUUCACUACUGGCUGCGUUGCAAGUUUCCCGUCUGGCGGCAUUGGACUGCAAACCUCACGAGAAAGGGUCGUGUUUUGCGAGUUCUCCGGAAAGUUCUGCAGGGUUUGGUUAUUCUUUGGCUCAUUGCAGGCGUCAUGGCUUCAGAGUCAUCUCAGUUCGAAAUAUCACCGCCGCAGACGGAAUCCGGCAAUCAGUCGAUCGGUGCGUCCGAUUCAAACAAGAGAAAGGCGGAACAAGGCAACGGAACGCAGGCGCGCACAAAGCGGAAUCGCUAUAUCUCCAUUGCAUGUGAGUUCCGGUCAAUGACAGAUCAGAUCACUACUCUACAAGACCAAGUCAAUAGCUUGUUUACCAAUCUCAAUGAUCUUCGUGCUCAGAGACCAACAUUUGAUUCACCAGGGUUUGAGCGCCUCUCUCGCAACGGAUCUCAGUCGGCCUACACUCCAAUGCAAGCCGGGCUAGCAAAGCCACGAGCCCGUCACCCACGCUUCCAUGGUCCAACAAGCUCGGCCUUCAACUUUGACGUGGCCAAAUCUAGCUUACAGAAUAUGGGUAUCACCCCGACAGAAGAGGGAACGCCAGAUGACUUGAACACCGCACAUGUUUCUCCAGCGGGCUCACCUUCUGCCAAUCUGGGUCAGCUUCUUCCAACCACACACCCUACCAAGGAUCCAAUAUGGACGAUCCCGCGUGAAGAGGCGAUGCGUCUCUGUAAGGUCUACGAGGAAGAGGUUGGGAUCAUGUAUCCGGUGGUGGAUAUCACCAAGGUUAUCAGUCAGGCUAAUCUGCUCUAUACAUUUAUGGAGGCUGCUACCAGGACAGGCUUUGCACAACGAGGGUUUCCGGGCUCUGAUGGUCUUUAUGACGAAAGCUCGAUCAUUCUUAAAUUGAUUCUCGCCACCACGCUCGUCGUGGAGGGAAGCGGUCAAAGUGAACUUGGGCAGCGGCUCUACUUGGAUGUUAAGCCAUCUAUAGAAUCGAAGUUAUGGGAGUCUCAUACCAUCAAAACCAUUCAGCUCUUUGCUAUUGUGGCCACAUACCACUACCAUACAGAUGAUGAUGCCAUGGCUUAUCGGCUUAUUGGAUUGGCGGCACGGAUGUGUUUAGCGAUGGGAUUGCAUCGUCGGGAUGCUUUGGUGAAGUCAUUUCCAGUUGAGCAGCAGUGGAACGAGGUCACUCGGCUGUUCUGGUCAGUCUACAGCUUGGAUCGACGAUGGAGUUUAGGAACGGGUUUACCUUUCGUGAUUCAGGACGAGGAUAUUGAUCCUAACUUACCAGAACCUGAUGCAUCACUGCCUUACUUGCGCUGCAUGGUCCUAUACAACCGGAUCAGCUCCAAGAUCUGGUACUCCGGUUUGGGCUCCGAAGGCACCACUGACAUCCGUCGCGAUGAAAUCGGCUAUCUGGAUUACCAAAUUCUACAGUGGUACAAGCAAGUUCCAGACGAGCUCAAGUUCCAUCCCGUUGAGACCCUCAAAAACGGUGAAACUUUAAGCAGAGGCAUGAGACGACUCAGGGUUCUUUUAUACCUACGAAUGAACCAGCUGCGCAUCCUUAUCUAUCGCCCCGUGCUCCAUUCUCCUGCCAGUAUUGCCGAAGAUAGAGGUCAUGCUCAGACUGUUGUGGAAGUAGCUAAAGACUCGGUCCAUGUCCUCACUCGGUUGAACCAGAUGUCCGAUAUCUACCGGACACAGCAAAUAACGUUCAACUAUUUCCUGGUUGCUGCAUUGGCGGUGCUGUUCCUAGCAGUAUCCCAUGCCCCGGUCGAGUUCAACCGACAGGUCCGCGAUGAAUUCUACAUGGCGCUCGACUUAGUCAACGGGUUCAGCACCAAGUCCUUCGUUUCCAAACGGUUGUGGAAGACAAUUAAAGGUCUACGGAAGAUCGGCGAGAAACUUGGCGUUAUCGCCCGUCCUUUCGGACCGGACUCAAGUGAUCCUCAUUCAAGCGCGGCAGUGGCUAUGGCCGGACUCGCGGGGCAUCCAAUUCAGGACCUGUCCAUGUACGGGCCCAUGAAUGGUGGGAACGAACUUGGAAAUAGUCCUCUCAAUGGACUCCAGAUGAGCCAAGAGUUGACAAACCUGUUUGAGGCUGUUGGUGCUUUUGGCAAUUUCAUGCCUAACAGUUCGAGCGAUGGUAUUAGUGGCUACGUUGGGCCGGAUGGGGAAAUCCAGAACACUGGCGAAGGGCUAUCGGGGGUGCUGGGUGAUGAGGGAGAGUUUGCUCGAGUCAUCCGGGAUUUGUUUUGA